AUGCUGGGCUGGAUCGAGCGGGUGGUUCCCCAGCCCCCAGUGCCCCAUCUGACGGAGAAGACCCCCCCGGCCCCAGUGCAGGACCUGGAGCCAGCUAAGGCACCGACAGGAAAGGCCAGUGGCCCUGGGGAUGCUGCUGACCAUGCACGUGCUGCCAUUGAAGAAAUGGAAAAGAAGGUGGGAUUUGCGGUCCCCGAGGACCCAGGCUCUGUGUUUGAGAGCGUGGGGAGCAGUGUGCUCUCCUGGCUCUCCCAGGGGUUGGAGAAGGUGAUUCCCCAGCCAGUCCCGGCCCCGGGGACACUGCAGGCGCUUGGGAAGAGCUUUGAGACAAGCAUCGACGUUCCCGAUCAGACGGAGGUCCAGAUCCUCAGGGACGAGGAAGAGGAUGCUCUGGAGAUAACCCCCUUCGAUCCGGAGGAGGACGAGCUGGACGGCUGCGAGCCCGAGGCUGGCUCAGAUGCUGGCACGAAGGAGUGGGCAGGAGCGCGGGUGCUCAGCUGGCUGGUGCAGGGCUUCGAGAGGGUGGUGCCGCAGCCAGAGAUUCUGAAAAAGCCAGAGCCGAAGCCAAAGGAGCAGAAGUGUGAAGCCGCGUUGGGAGCAGGCACAAAAGGGACUAAAACCCAGGCAAAGCCAAGCAGCGUUUCAGCCGCCCAGAGCAUCCCAGGAGCAGUGGAGCCGGCAGCAGCCGAGGGGCAGCCAGAGCCGGUGGCCAUCCUCACCCCUCGGUCCCUGGCUGGGGACGGCAGCAGGAUGUUUGCCUGGUUGGUCCAGGGGCUGGAGAAGGUGAUGCCGCAGCCGGUGACCAGGGAGAAGCAGGGCGCACAGGGAGUGGCCGCAGCAACCUCGAGUCCCAUGGAAGAAAUUCAUAUUGUCCCUGGGGAACCCGAGGAGACCGACCUCGUCCUGGAAGAGAUCGAUGAUGACUGGAUUAAUGAAGCCACAUGCGAGAUGAUGGCCUGGGGUCGUGAGACUGAGCUGGUGGCAGAUGCUCGUCCCCUUCCCCCCAUACAGGAGGAACCUCAGGAAGAAGAAAACAGGCUGUGGUUGUGCUCCCUGAGUGCUGCCGAGGAGGAGGAGGAAGAGGAAAAGGAGGACGAGGGGGAGGAAGAGGAGGAGGAGAAGAAGAAGGAGGGAAGAGGAGCCCUGCUCCAGUCGCCUUGUCUCGCUGCUGACGAGGGUGUGGAUGAAGUCUACUUUGCAGAGGAGGCCCUCAGGUUUGAGCAGCUGGAAGAAGCAGAGAUAAGUGAUCUUGAAGGUGCUUUUGUACAGGCACCUAGCAGCAUGUCCAAGCGUGCCCGAGACGUCGAGCUAGAUUGGCUGGUGCAUGACAAGCCGCUCGACGGCGGGGACGCCUCCCCUCCCGGCCACGGCGCGCUAGAGCAGCUCCCCAAUGUCCCCAGCUACCGAGCCACCACUGCCUCCCGCAUCCCUGUCCUUGUCACCAGCAAGCCAAAGGCUGGAGUUGUCAACCCCAAUUUUUGCAAUGAGGAGCAAUCCCCCCUAGGUAAUUACCCCACCGUGGACAUCAAGGAUGUGGACAGCGGAGGCGAUGCUGUGGAGAAUGAUGGUAUCCACUUACCGAUGCCCACCAUCGACACUCCCAACAUGGUGGUGGUGCCCGGCAUGGUGCCGGCAUCCCCCAGGAGGAAGCUGCUGUCCCCGGUGGAUGGUCUGGACGAGGGACCGGUGAGCCAGUCCCACACCCAAGCGCUGCUGGGCUGGGACGAGAGGCAGAGGGAAAGCUUGCUCAAGCGCGUCGGUUCAGCCACGAGCCUGAGCAGCGCCGUCAUCAACAACCGGCUUCAGGAGCUGGUGAAGCUCUUCAAAGAGAGGACUGAGAGGGUGAAGGAGAAGCUAACUGACCUCGAUAUCACCUCAGAUGACGAGAGCCCUGAGGCAUCCCCCGCCAAGCUGGCACCUGCGGCAGCACCGGUGCCUCCCCCAGGAGGGGAGCCAGAGGGGGACAAGCCAGUGGGGGACGAGCACUACUGCGAGAUGCUGUGCUGCACGUUCAAGUACCAGCCCUGGCUGGACCGCGUGAAAAACUACCAGUUCCCCAGCAGCAUCGACCCGCUCACCAACCUGAUGUACGUGCUGUGGCUGUUCUUCGUUGUCGUGGCCUGGAACUGGAACUGCUGGUUGAUCCCCGUCCGCUGGGCUUUCCCCUACCAGACACCAUCAAACAUCUACUGCUGGCUGCUCAUGGACUACCUCUGCGACCUCGUCUAUCUGCUGGACAUCCUCGUCUUUCAGACCCGGCUGCAGUUCGUCCAGGGGGGAGACGUAAUAACCGAUAAAAAGGCCAUGAGAGAGAACUACCUGCGAUCACAACGCUUUAAGAUGGAUAUGGCGUGCCUCCUGCCCCUGGAUUUCUUCUACUUCAAAGUCGGUGUCAACCCACUCCUGCGUUUUCCUCGCUGUCUGAAGUACAUGGCCUUCUUCGAGUUCAACAACCGCCUGGAGUCUGUCCCGAGCAACGCCUACAUUUGCAGAGUGAUUCGGACCACUGCCUAUUUACUGUACAGCUUGCACGUGAACUCCUGCCUCUAUUACUGGGCAUCAGACUACGAAGGACUGGGCUCUACCACCUGGGUCUAUGAUGGGGAAGGAAACAGCUACAUCCGCUGCUACUACUGGGCAGUCAAAACCCUCAUCACCAUCGGGGGCCUGCCGGACCCCAAGACGCUGUUUGAGAUCGUCUUUCAGCUGCUGAACUACUUCACAGGCGUCUUUGCUUUCUCCAUCAUGAUAGGGCAGAUGAGAGAUGUGGUCGGCGCCGCUACUGCAGGGCAAACUUACUAUCGGAGCUGCAUGGACAAUACCAUUAAAUACAUGAACUUCUACAAAAUCCCCAAAACUGUUCAGAACCGGGUGAAAAUGUGGUACGAGUACACGUGGCAUUCGCAAGGCAUGCUAGAUGAGUCAGAGCUGCUGGUGCAGCUGCCGGACAAGAUGAGGAUGGACCUCGCCAUCAGUGUGAACUACAACAUCGUGAGCAAAGUGGCCCUCUUCCAGGGCUGUGACAGGCAGAUGGUCUUCGACAUGCUGAAGCGGCUCAGAUCGGUGGUCUACCUGCCUAAUGACUACGUGUGUAAGAAGGGAGAGAUCGGCCGCGAGAUGUACAUUAUUCAGGCAGGACAAGUGCAAGUGCUGGGGGGACCCGAUGGCAAAACCGUGCUGGUGACUCUGAAAGCCGGAUCCGUGUUUGGAGAAAUAAGCUUGCUGGCGGCAGGAGGGGGAAAUCGCCGAACAGCAAACGUCAUAGCUCACGGCUUUGCUAACCUCUUCAUUUUGGAUAAGAAGGACUUGAACGAGAUUUUGGUGCAUUAUCCGGAGUCUCAGAAGCUGCUGUGUAAAAAGGCCAAAAAAAUGCUGAAAAACAACAAUAAACCCAAAGAUGAGAAGGGAGCGCCCGGAGACCCGCUGAUCAUCCCCCCGAAAGCUGACACCCCGAAGCUCUUCCGGGCUGCCCUGGCCAUCACGGGGAGGAUGGGGAGAAAAGGGCCGCUGGCGCAGCUCCAGCAGAGGCUGAAGGAGCUGAAGGCGAUGCAGGCGACGCAGGGUUCCAGCGUCAGUCUGAUCCCACCGAAAUCGCCAGUGCACCGGAGAUCGCCUGUCAUCUCCCACAAAGCAUCCACUGACCUGGGAAAAGAAAUAUUCUCAAAAUCUUCUGAUAGUUUAGUCACCGUUCGUGUGAUUCCUAUGGCACAAGAAGAUGAAGAAAUCCUUGCUGCUGAGAUUUCGGAGAAAGAAGAAGAAAAAAAAGAAGAGAAAUGAAAAACAAGCAGGUCCUGGGGCAGGAGUAGGAGUCAGGCAAAUGCCUGGGGUAGAAGCUUUUUGUUGUUAACAAUUUCCACACAGUGGCUGUAGGC